CAAUGUGACACACAGCCCUGUAUUGGAAUCGGGUCCGUCCUUUAUUUGCGUCCUGUGGGCUGCAUUGAAAGUCAUGGCGGGUCCGGACCUGGUCAGAACUCUUGUGUACACCAUCAAUCAUCUUCUGCAGCAGGAGAAGUACAGAGCCGCGCUGGCGGUUCUGAAGGGCUUUAGGAACGGCGCCGUAUAUGGAGCCAAAAUCAGGGCACCUCACGCCCUGGUCAUGACAUUUCUAUUUAGAAGUGGCAGUCUGAAGGAUAAGCUGAGAGCCAUUCUGAAAGCCACAUAUACCCACUCUCGAAACUUGGCAUACUUCGUGUUCACUUACAAAGGCCUGCAAACCCUGCAGCAGAAGAUCCAGGGGAAAAGCUUCCAGUCUCACUCCUUUCUGGCUGCCUGUGUGGGAGGAUGGCUAGUCUUCGGAGACAACAACAACAUUAAUAGCCAGAUCAACAUGUACUUGCUGUCCCGGAUCCUGUUUGCCUUGUCCCGACUGGCUGUAGAGAAAGGAUUCAUCCCUCAGCCCAAACACGACCCUUUCCCCCUCUUUGCCACGCUGGUGUGGGGCAUCGUCUUGUGGCUGUUUGAGUAUCACCCACACACCCUUCAGCCGUCUCUGCAGUCCUCCAUGAACUACCUUUACCAUGACAGCAACGUGUGGCACGACAUUUCAGAUUUCCUUGUAUAUAACAAACCCAGGACUGCCUCAUAGAAAUGAAGCUUGUGGUUCUUCUGUCAGUCAGAUAUAUUCUCCCACAAUGCAUUUUGCAUUGUUCCAGCAGCCACUAAGGUGAAUAAGCCUUCUUUGAUAUUUGAUUAUUUUUAAUCAUCGAUAUUCCAGACAUGAUCAAAUUAUGCCUUUUAAGCUUAUUAUGAGGAUUUAUUUUAUGUUAUAAAACUGCUUAUGUUGUUUCAUGAGCAUUUUUUUUGUCAACUUCCACCAGGUUUCCUGUUAAAGAGUGCAAGUGCACAUCUGCACAUCUGUACUGUAAACAGUAUGAAAAACUAUGUAACAACCGAGUAUUAUUUAAUCCUCUUUUACUUGUUUGAUUAUAUAUUUUUGAAUCUGCAUAGUGUUUUAAUUUCCUGUUUGUUUAAAAUAAAACAUUUGCCAAUCAAUAGUGUUUCUCGUA